CUAGUGGGGACUGGGGACAUCAUGGUGAAGAGCAGGGGCAUGUAGAAAUGGAAUAGUUGAGGAUCUACAUGUAUAAAAGAAAGAGCAACCAAACGAAGGUCCAAACUUGUCACAAAAGUCUUGGACGAUUAUCUAGUGGAUUUCUCACCGAAACGCGCACACAUGUUUCUUGACCGCCGGAUGACGCUCAUUGCACGGGACUCAUGAUCCAGUGGCGAGCGUUAUCCACUCCCAGCACAAGGACACUUCAGUGACGUCACCUCAAGCGAGAAGGAAGCGGAGCGCUCGCUGGAAGCUGUCACACACAGUAGUUGUGGCGAAAGCAAGAGAAACCUUUUCCGCACGUGCGCGCCCAACUGUUGCGCUACCCGGACAGACUACACGGCAGAAAAACCACGUUAUAUUUAUCUGACAGCAACUUCCACAUACUCUACGGGGAAUUAUUCUCUCCUUUUCUGCAAUGGCUGAUAUCAUACAAAGCAACGAGCAGUCCUCAUCUGACGUUGCAAAUCGAUUCGCCCGUAAAGGCGCUUUGAGGCAGAAAAACGUCCAUGAAGUGAAAAACCACAAAUUUAUUGCGAGGUUUUUCAAGCAGCCGACUUUCUGCAGUCACUGCACUGACUUUAUUUGGGGGUUUGGGAAGCAAGGCUUUCAGUGCCAAGUGUGCUGCUUUGUGGUCCAUAAACGUUGCCAUGAAUUUGUCACAUUCUCAUGCCCUGGAGCUGAUAAAGGGCCAGACACAGAUGACCCUAGGAGCAAGCACAAAUUUAAGAUCCACACCUAUGGCAGUCCCACAUUCUGUGACCACUGUGGAUCUCUUUUAUAUGGGCUCAUACACCAAGGAAUGAAAUGUGACUCCUGUGAUAUGAAUGUCCAUAAGCAGUGUGUGAUGAACGUGCCAAGCCUUUGUGGAAUGGACCACACAGAAAGACGAGGACGUCUUUACUUGAAGAUUGAGGUGAUAGAAGACAAAAUGCAUGUCACGGUGGGGGAAGGCAGGAACAUGAUUCCAAUGGACCCAAAUGGAUUGUCUGAUCCAUAUGUAAAACUCAAGUUGAUUCCAGACCCUAAAAAUGAGACAAAACAGAAAACGAAAACCAUCCGUUCUUCCCUGAAUCCGGCUUGGAAUGAGUCAUUUACAUUUAAGCUGAAGCCAGCAGAUAAGGACCGUCGGCUGGCUGUGGAGGUGUGGGACUGGGACAGAACCACCCGUAAUGAUUUCAUGGGCUCAAUGUCUUUUGGUGUGUCUGAGCUCAAGAAAUCCUCAGUGUGUGGAUGGUUUAAAAUGUUAAACCAGGAGGAGGGGGAGUACUACAAUGUGCCCAUUCCAGAUGAAGAUGAUGAGGAUACUGAGCUUCGACAGAAGUUUGAGAAAGCCAAAUUGGGUCCAUCCAAAAGAGCCACCACCCCUUUGGAUGACAGUGGGUCCACUUUACCCUCAAGCAGUUUGGACAGAGUCAGACUCACAGACUUUAAUUUCUUGGCAGUGUUGGGAAAAGGCAGUUUUGGAAAGGUGAUGCUGGCUGAGAUGAAGUCUACUGAUGAACUAUAUGCUAUAAAGAUCUUGAAGAAGGAUGUGGUCAUCCAGGAUGAUGAUGUUGAAUGCACCUUGGUGGAGAAGCGGGUUCUGGCUCAGCAGGACAAACCUCCAUUCCUCACCCAGCUUCACUCCUGCUUUCAGACUGUGGAUCGUCUGUAUUUCGUGAUGGAGUAUGUUACUGGUGGUGAUCUGAUGUACCACAUCCAGCAAGUGGGCAAAUUUAAGGAGCCACAAGCGGUGUUCUAUGCUGCAGAGAUUGCUGUUGGACUUUUUUUCUUGCACAAGAAAGGAAUCAUAUACAGGGAUCUGAAAUUAGAUAAUGUCAUGCUGGAUGCAGAGGGUCAUAUUAAGAUUGCAGACUUCGGUAUGUGCAAGGAGAACAUUGUGGAGGGUGUGACCACCCGUACAUUUUGUGGAACGCCAGACUACAUCGCUCCUGAGAUAAUAGCAUAUCAGCCGUAUGGCCAUUCUGUGGACUGGUGGGCUUAUGGAGUGCUGCUGUACGAGAUGCUGGCGGGACAGCCCCCAUUUGAUGGUGAGGAUGAAGACGAACUUUUUCAGUCCAUUAUGGAACACAACGUCUCCUACCCUAAAUCCAUGUCCAAAGAAGCAGUUUCCAUCUGCAAAGGGAUGAUGACAAAACACUCUUCAAAGCGUCUGGGCUGCACCCCAGAGGGGGAAAGAGAUAUUAGGGAACAUGCUUUCUUCCGUCGGAUUGACUGGGAACGCCUGGAAAACAGAGAAAUACAGCCUCCAUUCAAACCCAAAGUGUGUGGAAAGGGGGCAGAGAACUUUGACAAGUUCUUCACACGCACACAGCCACAACUGACCCCUCCUGAUGAGCUGGUUAUCGCCAACAUCGACCAGGCUGAAUUUGAUGGAUUUUCCUUCAUCAACCCUCAAUUCAUCCAUCCCUCCACCAUCAACAGUGAAUAAAAUGGAAAAAAAGAGGGAAUGAAUGUGAAUCUACCUACUACCCCAAAACUCUGCCCUUGCCUUUUACCCUUUUAUCUAACAAAUGUUAAAUCAAAACCACAACUUGCGUCUUAAAUAAUGUCCAGUCUUUUUUUGUUGUUGUUGUUGUUUUUUUAAAUCUAGCAAUUCUUCUACACUUUUUUCACAUCAUUUCAAUGUAGGCCAGUCAAAAAGUUUACCUUAAUGAUUGAAAAUAGAUUCAGAGAUUUAAACAAUACCAAUUUUAACACUUAAACUCUUAAACUCUGGUUAGGAAGGGCUGUUUACAUUACAAACUGUUUGUUUGACUUAGUGCAGACCAGUAUUUAAAAGUCUACAAGGCCAUCUUAUCUCAAGCCACUGGUGGCUGACACAGCUUGAUUUUGCCACAUCUGCCCAAAGUCCCAUAACAGAUAUAGAGUGUGUGCUUCCUAAGGCUUCCUAAGUCUUCCCAUUCAGGAUUUCUAAAGGUAAUUGCCAAAGCCAGUGGGGUUUCUGCCUUCCCCUUAGCACUGUACCAAUUUAUCUAUUUACAGAUUUAUUCUGGUGUCAGUUUAAGUACUCACUUUUUGGAGUCUCCAGUAUUUUCUCAUUGUAAGUUUUGUUAAAUGUUUUAAAUAAAAUACUAAACAUCUCUCAGUGUAAUAUUUGCACAUAUUUCAGGUAUGACAUGACAACUUGGCACUCCAAUUUAAAACUUGUUUGCAUUUUAUUUUUGUUCUAUGGCAAAAAUAAGCGUGCCAAGAGUUUCUACAAUCCACAAUCUGAGCUUUGGAUGUGUGAGAUGUUAUGAAAGGUUUCAUGCUUCAAGGUUUAAAUUUGUAUUUUUUUAUUUUUUUGUGCAUAUAGAAUGGUUUUAUUUCACAGUAAACACUUAUACACUUUUAUCCAUAAAUAAUGACAAAAUAAUAAAGGUAUUACCUCGUUAUCCCUUUAAUUCACCAAAUGUUUUUAAAAUAUCCUCUAUUUUGCCGUAGUAGAAAAUAUCCUGGGAACAUGAGAAAAUGUUGUGUGUAUGUGUGUGUUUUGUUUCGGUAAUGAGAGAUAUUAUGAGAGGGAGAAAUAUUCAAGUGUUGACAUUUAUGUCAAGCUCUAAUUAUGUUGUUCUCAAAUUCUCAUUGUCUGCAUACAAGUAAAUAUUGAAUACUAGAUGUUAAUAUCUGCUAUUCCUGCAGAAUGACCUUUACAUCAUUAUGUUUGGAUUUAACAUAAUUGACAGUAACAUGUAACAUUGUUGUCAUAUUUCUCCUCUUUCUGCUUUAAUAUUUUGGUUAUACUUAAUAAUACAUGCUAUUUUAACAGUAUAAGAACCUUUUAUACUAAUUAAAUGUGACUUCAUUAAAUUAGAAAUGUGAAAUUUAUGUGACAUUAGGGCAAAUUUACAACUGAGGGAAAACAAUGAAAGCAAGUUUGCAUUAACUCUUAAGGAAAUAGUUCAAAAAUGGAAAUUCUGUCAUUAUUUACUCAACCUCAAGUUGUUCCAAACCUGUAUGAGUUUCUUUAUUCUGUUGAACAAAAAAGAAGAUAUAUGUUGGUUACCAAACAGUUGCCCGGUAGCCAUUAACCUCCAUAUAUAUUUUUUUUUCUUUUUUUUUCUUUUUUUUCAUAACAUGGAAGUCUACUGGCAUCUGUUUGGUUACCAGCAUGAGUAAAUGACAGAAUUGUCAUUUUGGGUGAACUUUCCCUUUACCCUAAAACGGAAGUACAAUUAUUAGCCGGUUUAAUGUUUUUAGUAACUUUAAUAGUCCACAUUUUAAUGAUCAUUGUCCCUUUUAAAUGUGUAAUUUUGUAUUAACCACAUCAUUACACAGUCAGCUACUAUAAUGCUAUUAUUCAGGUAGAUAUUUGUGUAAUUGUUGUUAUCAUUGGUGUGUACUGUUGUAGACAUUGUAAUAUGACCUUGUACUUUGCAUAAUGAAAUUCUUUACAAAUGUGCUUUCGCCAUUCAAUUUUUCAACUGUACUUUAUCAAAACACCUUUGCUUUUGGCUGUUAUGUGUGACCUGAUCAGAUUCCAUUUUGGCUGCUGUCAUCCUACUAUGGUCUGAUAACUUGCCUUUGCUUGCAUGUUUUGGUAUGAAAAGGAUCCACUUGAAAAGAUUUGUGUGUAUUUGCGAGGAAUGUUUUGUUAUCAAUGGAAUAUAAAAUUGAGAUUAUAAGCUUAUUACAGCAUGAAGUAUGAACAAGCCAUAUACAUAUGAAACAUUUGUCUCCAUUUACAUAUUGAAUAGUGCAACUCUCAAUUUCAAUUAUUUUAAUGUCUUGAUAUUGUAGUUUAUGAGAUUCUGUAUGUUCUUCUUCCCAUCUUUUUCUGCUGUUAGAAGUAAUGCAUAUUACGUAAUAAAUUUCAGAAUUAUAUGAAAAUCACACAUGGGACAAUUGGCAUGUUUAGAUUUUAGAUCACAGGUGUUAGUUUCCUUCUAGCACAAAUAUACUUGCCAGUUUUAUUUUUUCCCCUGUUUUUUGUCACGUGACAGCAAAUAUAUAAAAAUGAGGCCCCAUUCCUAUAGUUUAGAUCAGCUCACUUCUGUCUUCUCUUUUAUUUCUUUGGAUUUAAUAAUGUUGAUCUUGCCGUAAAAUCCCAUCAGUGCUAAAAACUCCCAUCUUUCUUUUCGUGGGUCUUUCCAAAAACCUGCUUUGUGUCAGUGCCAUACUGAACCCAGCAGCACCAGUGUUGCACUAACUGCGUAGCCACAACGAUGUUUGCCAGUAUUGAAUCCAGUAUUUUGAGCACUGGUCUCAUGUAGCUGUACUGUUAACUGAAUGCUGUUACUGCUCUUGAGAUCACAACAGAGCAUCUCUUGCUUUGUGUACCUGACAUUCAAUCAUGUGUACUACCUUGGCUGUUGUAAAGAAAGUUGCAUAGCCAUUUUUUAAAAACAGGUUUAACAUGGCAUGCUUUGAGUUUCCUCUACUGUAAAAUGAUCCAUAUGCCUUACCCAGAUCUUUCUAUUCCUGUGCUGCUUAAUUAAUGAUUGAAUACAUGAACAAAUGGAUGAAUGAAAUGUUAACAUUAUUGCUUGUUUGCCUCAGUUGUUUAGCUUUCCCUUGCAGGAAAUUUUCACCCAAAAAUAUUAAGUUUGUCAGCAUUUACUCAUCCUCAUGACGUUCAAAAUCUGCAUGACUUUUUUAUUCUGUGGAACACAAAAUAAGAUAUUUUGAAGAUUGUUAGUAGCCAGAACAGUUUUGGUUACCAUUGUAUAAAAAAAUAUUUAGAUGUUUAUUAGAAUAUCUUCUUCCACAGUAGAUAGAAAGUCAUACAGGUUUGGAAAGACAUGGGAGUGAAUAAAUGACAGAAUGGGGUGAACUAUCCCUUUAAAUGUACUGUAUCUGCUUCUUUAGUCAUCUCUUGUCAACAAUUAUAAUUGUUAAUUUAUUACACCCAUAUUAUUGAAACAAGGUGGAAUUACCUUCCCCAGUUAGUCAGCAAUUCAUGUUUGUUCCGGUACUAUUGUUUUGUGUUUGUCAAAGAGGAGAGCAAGAACUUUGCUCCUCCUUUUACCAUACUAUUUUUUAAUUACUUUGUUGUUCUUUAUGUGUAGAUUGGAUGGUACAUCACCCUGUGGUCCUUUUGCUUUGUGUGAUUCAGUCCACCUGUUUUAUUUCCAUCUGUUGAAUUUUUCAUUUUCAUUUAAAGGACAAAAUCAACAGAAUGCCUUAUUUUGUCUCUCAAAUAGCAAGGUCCUGAAUUCAACCCAAAGCACUAUCUCUGUUCUUAUACAUACUAAUAUUGAUCCAUAACAUAUAAAUAAACCAAGUAAAAUGUUGUAUUUUGUAGCAGUGUAUGUUAGCCCUGCCUUUGUUGUCUUAACAGAAUAUAUGCUUUUCCAUGCAAUCCUUGUUGCCAUUUAUACCUAAUGUAUUAUAUUGCAAAUAAAGAAGGGAAAAGUC